AUGGCGGAGCACCACCAGCAAUACCAGCAGUCCCAUCCCUUUCAGGGACAACAAGGCAUGCAGCACCAACAAACUAAGUCCUAUCAGGUCGCCAAGGCCGCCACCGCAGUCACCGCCGGGGGUUCACUCCUCGUCCUCUCCGGUUUGGUCCUCGCCGGCACAGUCAUAUGCUUGACCAUAGCCACUCCUCUCCUCGUGAUCUUCAGUCCGGUCCUCGUCCCGGCUGUGAUCACCGUGGCGCUCAUAAUGACUGGCUUCUUGGCCUCCGGCGGGUUCGGCGUGGCGGCCAUCAGUGUCUUGUCGUGGAUUUACAAGUACGUGACAGGGAGCCAGCCUCCCGGCGCGGAACAGCUCGAUUCGGCACGACACAAGCUGGCGGGGAAGGCCAGGGACAUGAAGGACAGAGCUGAGCAGUUUGGGCAACAGCACAUGGGCUCUGACCGCGGUCAGCACGGUCAACAUCAGACUUCUUAA